AUGAGCAGCCAUGAAGCACCACCAUUGAAACGCUUGCCAAAGGGGCUAGUGGGGAUAAAAUGCACAGCCAAGGUCACUAUUGGAGCAAGGGAAAUAGAUUGCCUUUUAGACACAGGGUCACAGGUGACCACAAUUCCGCAGUCGAUUUAUGAAGCCAAUUUGUCAGACUACCCCUUGAAGCCAUUGGAAAACUUGCUGGAGGUAGAAGGAGCUAACGGACAGUCUGUGCCGUAUCUGGGGUACAUUGAGCUAACGCUGAAAUUUCCCAAGGUGCUCAUUGGUACUGAAGUUGAGGUUCCCACCCUGGCCCUUGUGGUGCCAGAUCUAACAAGUCUUUCCCAAAUUCUAGUCGGGACAAAUUCUUUAGAUGUGCUUUACAGCAAGUGUGCUAAAGAGAAUGCGGCGAGCUUCCAGUCAAGCUUCCAUGGUUAUCAAGCAGUACUUAAAGUCUUGGAAGCUAGGUGGAGACAAGCCAGCAGUGAGACUCUGGGGUAUGUGAAGUUGGGGGGAAACUCCCCUGAAGUUGUGCCUGCAGGAAGCACAGUGGUCUUGGACGGUUUUGUCCACCUACAUGGUCCCCACACAGAAAAGUGGGUGACUCUCGAGCCUCCAUCUGUCCCUUUACCAAGUGGCCUGCUGAUUGCAAACUGUUUGCACACUUUACCUAGAAAACGUCUCUCCAAAUUGUCAGUUUUGCUGAGAAAUGGAACGCAAACCGACAUAAAAGUCCCUCCUAAAGUUGUGCUGGCAGAGAUUCAUGCAGUUCAGAAGGUCAUGGACCAGCAGCACCAGAGUUCAGAUGUCAAAGUUGAUGAUGCAUCACUUAACUGUGCUAACCUUACCUUCGAAUUUGGUGACUCCCCCUUGCCCACGAGCUGGAAAGAGAGGAUAUCAAAAUUGUUGAAUUCCAUGCCUGAGGUCUUCUCCCUGCAUGACCUUGAUUACGGCAGCACUGAAAAGGUCAAACAUCAGAUAAGGUUGAGUGACGGCACACCGUUCAAGCACAGAGCCCGACCCAUCCAUCCCCAAGACAUUGACGCUGUGAGAAAGCACCUCCAAGAACUACUAGAGGCCGGUGUCAUCCACGAGUCUGAGUCCCCAUUUGCAUCACCCAUAGUAGUAGUCCGUAAGAAGGAUGGUACCGUGCGGCUAUGCAUUGACUUCCGGAAGCUCAACUCACAAACGAUUAAGGAUGCAUACGCUUUACCAAACCUAGAGGAGGUCUUUUCAACACUUACCGGCUCGAAGUGGUUCUCGGUGCUCGAUUUGAAAUCUGGGUUUUAUCAAAUUGGGAUGGAAGAAGCCGAUAAGUGUAAAACAGCGUUUGUAUGCCCACUUGGAUUCUGGGAGUUCAACAGAAUGCCACAGGGGAUUACCAAUGCGCCAAGCACGUUCCAAAGAUUGAUGGAACGGUGCAUGGGAGACUUGAACAGAAAACAGCGGGAUAUCCUCCACUCCGGAAGAGUGGUAUUAAGAAACCUUCCGAAGGAUGGAGGCUACUUCAACCCCAAAGAAGAGUUCGGUGAUCGAUGGACUCAAGAUUGCCAGAGUGCCUUUGACUCCAUAAUUGGCAAGCUCACAUCUGCACCUGUUUUGGGUUUUGCUAACCCCAAGCUUCCCUAUGUGCUUCACACCGAUGCCAGUACCACCGGGCUUGGUGCAGCUUUAUAUCAGGAGCAGGAAGGGCAGAUGCGGGUCAUAGCCUUUGCCAGCAGAGGAUUGACCAAAGGUGAAAGUAGGUACCCUGCGCACAAACUAGAGUUUUUGGCAUUAAAAUGGGCUGUCACCUCCAAAUUUAGCGACUACCUCUAUGGUGUAGAAUUCACUGUCAUAACAGAUAGCAACCCCUUGACAUAUAUCCGAACAUCGGCAAAACUUGAUGCCACCAGUUACCGCUGGUUGUCCAGCUUGUCAACUUUCAACUUUAAGCUGCAGUACAGAGCAGGUAGCCAAAAUCAAGAUGCUGAUGGCCUAUCCAGACGGCCGCAUGGUGAGCCUCUUGAUGACCUGGUAUCACAAAAGGAGAGAGAAAGAAUUAAACAGUUCACUUUAAACCAUCUCAUGGGCCCAGGAGUUGAGUCAUCUGUUCUCAUGGCAGACACGAUAAAAGCGAUCUGUGAAAGGCAUCAAGUGAUUGGGUCAUCUGAAAAUCCCAGUUCCUCUAACUCCUCACUUACCUUGGUUGAAUCCCUUACUCAGCAUGAGGACGCUCUGCCAAAUGAGUUCCAACAUGAGGAUGAACAUGGUCUUCCAGAUCUCCCACAUCUUUCAGAAACUUCCUUGGCAGAGCUGCAGAGAAAAGAUACAGAAAUGAGGAUUGUUAUUAAAGGAUUGGAGAGUGGAGUGAAACCCUGCAACCUGAGAGACCAACCACCUACCAUGGGUUUGUGGUUAAAAGAGUGGAACCGACUCGAGCUGAGGAGUGGAGUUCUGUAUAGGAGGCGGCAAGAGUGUGGGGCCUCUCGCUAUCAGUUGGCACUGCCCACCACAUUGAGAGACAUGGUGCUACAGAGCCUCCAUGAUGACAUGGGUCAUCUAGGUAUUGACAGGACCCUGGACCUCAUCAGGUCAAGGUUCUUCUGGCCAAAAAUGUCACAGGCAGUGGAAGAAAGGGUCAAAACUUGUGAGCGCUGUGUCCGUAGAAAAACACCCCCAGAGAGAGCAGCUCCUUUGGUAAACAUCCAAACUAGCAGGCCCUUAGAGUUGGUGUGCAUAGAUUUUCUGUCCCUGGAGCCAGAUCAAAGCAACAUCAAAAACAUACUGGUUAUCACGGACCACUUCACCAAGUAUGCCGUUGCAAUACCAACUCGAAAUCAAACUGCCCAAAUCGUUGCUAAGAGCCUGUGGGACCAUUUCUUGGUGCACUAUGGGUUUCCGGAGAAACUACAUAGUGACCAAGGGGCAGACUUUGAGUCGCACACAAUAAAGGAGUUGUGUAAGGUCGCAGGCAUUCACAAGGUGAGGACUACCCCAUACCACCCGAGGGGCAAUCCAGUGGAACGAUUUAAUCGUACACUCCUCCAGAUGCUGGGGACACUGGAAAACGAAAAGAAGUCUCGUUGGAAGGAGUUCGUAAAGCCCUUAGUGCAUGCCUAUAACUGCACCCGCAAUGACACCACUGGGUACACUCCUUAUGAACUCAUGUUUGGGCGACAACCCCGCCUACCUGUUGAUCUGGCUUUUGGAUUGCCAGCAGACACUCCCAUCAAGUCCCACUCUCAAUACGUACGGGAUCUUAAGAAUCGGUUACGCGAGAGUUACAAGAUGGCUACUAAAAAUGCUGGGAAGGUAGCUGAGCGAAAUAAAAGAAGAUUUGAUAAGCGUGUGGUUGCUUCAACAUUGGAGGAGGGUGACCGAGUUCUUGUAAGGAACGUGCGAUUGAGAGGAAAGCAUAAGCUGGCUGAUAAAUGGGAACAAGAUGUUCAUGUGGUUGUCAAAAAGGUUCGUGAUCUGCCAGUAUAUACUGUCCAAACAGAGAGAAAAGGGGGUCCUCCUCGGACGUUGCACCGAGAUUUAUUGCUGCCUUGUGGGUUUUUGCGGCCAAGCAACUCUGAGGAACAACCAAAGCAGAAAGAAGUUCGAAGACCUCGAACCAGAACUUCUCCUGAUGAUGAAGGGACAAAAGAGUCAGAGUUUGUUUCUGAAUGCUCAGAGUCAGAAGAUGAGCAAAUUCUCUGUUAUGUACCUGAAAGAACAUUGGGCUCUGAAACUCAAAUUAUUACAGGCCUUGAGCAACCUCGUGUUCGAGAAGUUGCAUCCGACUUACCUGUCCUUGAUCCUAUUAGGGAGAACUUACCUGCUCAGGAACCUGUGGAGAGUAACACUGAGGAACCUGUGGAGGGAGUAUCGGAUGAGUCUGUAGGAGAAUCGGAUGAGCCUGAAUCAAGUUGUUCUGAGUCAGAUGUCUCAGUGGAACAAAGACCAGAACCAGAGGAUUGCUCUAAGUUCCUUGAUGAAUACUCUACCCAAAUGGUUGAGACAGUGCCAAUCAAUUCUGAGUUCGAGAGUAAAGAAGGAAAUCUGAUCUCAAUUGAAAGGAGUUGUGUUGAAGACACACAAAAGGAAGAAAGGAAAACUGAGCCUAAAGACAAUGUUGCCCCUAGACGUUCGCAGAGAGAGAGACAUCCCCCUAAAAAGUUUGAAUAUCCCCAGUUAGGGAAUCCACUUACCUUAGUGAUUCAGUCCUUGUUGCAGGGUUUAAACGAAGCUUUUAGUUCUUCUUUAGAAGAGUCAGUUGUUGCCCCUGUAAUUCACGUGUAGAUGCAACGGGACGUGCAUAUAUUCCAGAGGGGAGGGUGUAACCAAGGUUACUAUUACUCAUAUCGAACCUAUGAAACAAAAAGAAAAGAACGAUUUUCAUAUAAAUAUUUAAUUACUUUAUUUUAAUGAUUAAGAAAUUAAAUAUUGCUCAAUAAAUAACAAUAAAUGUAACAGACUAGAAAAAUAAAUAAAUUGAACCAUUCGGAUUAGCUCCGCCCUGAGUGGGUUGCGUCAUCAUUCUAGCGCGGGUUAGGGAAGUGAGUCUCGUCACGGGAAAAAAAGUGAAAUGGCUGCUGAAGCAGUGAUGCAGAUUCAUUUGCAGUUGUGAAGUUAAAGAUUAAACGAGAAGUUGAGCUGAUUCAUCCGACAAAAACGGCGUUCGAAAAGAUUUUCUUGAUUCAUCUGAGAUUAUUUCUAAUCAUUAGCACUUUAUUCUUGGUUGGGUUUUUUUUUUUUUUUCCUUCUCUCUAUUUUCUGUGUUUCCGGUCCUUGAUAUCUCUCUUUGAAAGUGAACGGGGAGUUCUGAGUUAGAACUGUUUCUGCCAUCAACGAGGAGUGCUCAACAUUGGUGGAAACUGGCGGGCCAACCUGGUUUUCCUGAACUUGGACAAUUUCAUGUUUCAUCAAAGUGGUAGGACCACACGUAUCAUUUUUUUUUUUUCCUUCCCUGGACGUUAUUGCAACUGUGAAUGAAGGUUUUAUUUAUUUAUUUUUUUUUUUUUUACCCCUUCCUCUCACUCAUUUCAUCUCGGAGUUGCAUAUCUGAAAUUCUUUACCUGAACAUCAAAAACAGGACGGACACUGAACUGAGCUAAAGUCCUAUUUAAUUGGUUGAGUCAUUUCUGAUUUGGUGUGUCAUUCAUUGGACGGUUUAUCUGAAAUUAUCUAUAUUGCUGUUUUAUUUUUUAUUUUUUUUUCCAUCUUUUAUUGAAAUUUUCCUUAAAAAAGAGUGAAUACAAAGGGUAUUGAGUUGAACAAUUUAACAUUUUGGUAUUGAACAUACACUUUGUUUAUCAUUUAUGUGAAAAUAAGAAGCAGGGUUGUUUGAAAGUGGAUAGCUAUCCAGCUAAGGAAUUAGAGCAGCUAAAUUGAGUGAACUAGAAUUAAUUAACUAAAUAUCUAAUUAUAGAAAUAACACACAAGGAGUCAUAUUUGAGUAAAAAUAUCUUUAAUUCCAAGGAAUUUAUUUCAAGAGGUUUCUUUUUUUUGAAUUUGUUAUCGAAGCUGUCAUUUUGUUUGUUUUUGUUUGUUUUCUCCUUUGUUUGUUGGUUUUCUCCAACGUUACACAAAUUAAUACAAGUAUAUAAAAAAUACUUACUUUUCAAUUACAAACCUGUCUUUUGUGAUUAUUUCCCUUGUCUUGCUGCAACACUGGCUCAAGAGCGAGCAUAGACUUCUGAUCUGGUCCGAGACAUGGUGAACAUGUAGGC